GCAGGAAACAGGAAGGGAGCGGGACAGGGAGCGGAGAGGGAGCGGGGCCCGGCCGGGCUGCGGGGAGCCCAGCACGGUCUCUGCUCUUCUCCCUCCCUGUGGCGAUGGUGGUGCUGCGGGCUGGGCUCUGCCCUGGUCUCACUGAAGACAUGAUCCAGCUUCUCAGGGCCAAUGGCAUCAGGACAGUGGUGGACUUCGUGUCUUCAGACCUGGAGGAUGUUGCCCAAAAGUGUUCCCUAUCUUACAAGGCGCUGGUCGCAGUCAGACGUGUGCUCCUGGCCCAGUUCUCUGCCUUCCCUGCCAAUGGAGCAGACCUCUACGAGGAGCUCAAGAGCUCCACUGCCAUCCUGCCCACUGGCAGUCCAAGCCUGGACCAGCUGCUGGACUCGGGGCUGUACACGGGGGAGGUGACAGAGCUGAUGGGAGCCCCGGGCAGUGGGAAGACACAGGUGUGCCUGGGCAUUGCAGCCAGUGUGUCCCUGGGCCUCAAGCAGCAUGUCCUGUUUCUGGACUCCACUGGGGGUUUCACUGCCUCCCGUCUCUACCAGAUGCUCCAAGCCCAGACAGAGGAUGAGGAAGAGCAGCUGGAGGCUCUGCAGCGGAUCCAGGUGGUUCGUGUGUUCAACAUCUAUGAGCUGCUGAGCGCCUUGCAGGAGCUGCGGGAUCGCCUCUCCCAGCAGGUUGUGAGCUCCAUGGGACCCCUCAAGUUGGUGGUGCUGGACUCGGUGUCGGCUGUGAUUUACCCUCUGCUGGGUGGCAGGCAGUCAGAGGGUUUGGCCCUCAUGAUGCAGCUCUCCAGGGAGCUGAAGACCCUGGCCAGGGAGUUCAGCCUUGCUGUUGUGGUGACCAACCAGGUGACAAGGGACAGCAGCACUGGCCCACUGAAGCCAGCCCUGGGCCGCUCCUGGAGUUUUGUGCCCAGCACCCGGGUGCUGCUGGAGAGCAGAGAAGGCAGCUGGGAGAGAGGCACCACCCACCGUGCUGCUUCCCUGGCAAAGUCACCCCGGCAGCCAACAGGGAUCCAGGUGGAGCUGGACAUUGGGAACGGUGACGUGUUGGAACCGAGCCUGGUGACACCCACACAGGGACUCUGAUGGGAUGGAAAAACAAAUGUCACAAGGUUCAAGAGAGCUGCACAAAAGCAGGCAAGCAUUGAAGGUUUUACAAACUGAGAGACUGAGAAUCCUGCAGCUCUGGGAAGGACCAACACGAGAAAUAUCUUAUUCUUCUGCCCCGUGGAAAAACUGAGUGUGGGGUUCCCUGGAGACCUCUGUGCCCAGCAGAUGCUGCCUGCAGUGGCUGGGCUGUGAGGACAGCAGACAAUCAGGUCCUGCCAUCAGCUGCAGGAUUGUCUUCACCCCCAGAGCCAGCCCUGUCCUCAGGGGUUGUUUGGGAUCAGGUGGUUUGGGCUCAGCUGCCUUGUCCCUGCACAACCCCACAGCUCCCCGUGCUGGUUUUGUUCCCCCUGUGGCUCACUGCCCUCUGGUCCUGGAGUUCUGAUCAUCCUCAGGCCCACAGUGGGCUUGGUUCAGAAAUAAAAGAAAAAAAGCUGUUGCACAUUGCUGUGGUUGUUGAGAGCUGGAAUUCAAUUAAUGACAGCUGCUCUGAACUUAAUUAAAAUGUGGAGCAGGACUGGGGUGGGACAGGCUGCUGAUGAGCAGGGACAUAAUGAGAUGCUUGAUCUUCCCUUCUCCCCAGAGUAACACCAGGCCCUGUGGGGACCUGCUGGUGUUUUUGGGGCACAGCUGGUCUGUGUAAAGGCUUGCUGAUAACUGAUGGAGGUUCUGAUCUGGAUCAGCUGAGGCAGAUGGGCCCUGCCUGGCACCAGCUGGCCCUGCUUGAUGCUCAAGGACCCAUUCAAUUGCAUGUGGUGAUGUUUGAAAUACUCUUCCCAUGCUCUAGUGCUUUCUAGCUGCUCUUGCCUGCUCUUGGCAACCUCCACAGGAGAGGGGAGGCUUUAAUGUGGAGUUUUCUCUUGAUCCCAGAUGUCUCAGAUACCCUCAGUUUAAGAGCCCUCCUUGGCAGGUGAGCUGAGCCAUGGCUUGCACUUCAAGGCAGCUGAUGGAGGAGUUGGGGGCUGGGACUAAUUAGGGCUUGCUCAUUAAACUAAUGACCACAGCAGCACAGCUCCUGGAGCCCUCUAAGGCUGUG